AUGUUUCAUGAAUCCAGUAACCAAUUCCUAGCCUCCAUGUCAAUUCCCAUCUACUUAUUCACCUUCAACGCCGGUAAAAGAAGAGCCAACGACGAGUUGGGUCGCCGGCUAGUUUCCACUUUUCCCCAAGAACCAGCGUCUAUUUUUGUAUUUGGACUCGAAGAAAUGGGAACGAUUAUAGAGGGAGCCUACGGUCCGCUGUCCCGAGCGUGUCUCCGUGAGUAUAAUGAUUUGUUUCUCGACGCCCUCAAUGGCUUCUAUGGAGAGGACAUAGCCAGAUUCCAUACAGUGGGAAUGGUUAGUGUUGGCGCCAUUGGUUUGGUUGCGAUAACUCCAUACCCUCUGAAGUACACGCAGGUUCGUGAAGCUAAAAGUGGUUGCGGUUACGGCUACUCUUCCAUGAAGGGAGCUGUUGGGCUUCGAGUCAAGUAUAUACCCCAGGGUGCAACUCAAGGCAAAGAAACAAGCGUGGAAAUGUCGUUUGUCAAUGCCCAUUUAAGUGCAUUUGAGGGGGAUUAUUACUACCAGAAACGAAACCAAAACCUCAAUUUUCUCAUGAGAAGUCUUGAUUUCGGUGACGGGUAUGGGUUUGUAAAGCCUGGAUCGCACAGCUUCUUCAUGGGAGAUCUCAAUUACAGAACCACCAAAAAGUUUUCCCCGGACUCAGAAGUUAGCAAAAAAUUGCAUUGCUUACAGGACCAGUCCCAGGCAACAAAAGACCUUCCUCGUAAGUUCCUUGCCCAAUAUGACGAGCUUACGUUGGGAAUGAAAGCUGGUGACAUGCUCAAUGGGUUCAGCGAAGGUGAGAUCAACUUCAACCCAACAUACAAAUUUGUGUAUCCUACUGCCAUCUACAGCACAAAGAGAUCGCCUUCAUGGUGUGAUCGUAUCCUCUACCAGUCCACAUACCGUGCACCCAUGACAUCCAAACUCAUUCGAGGCUCGAAAGAAAAGGUAUUACUUGCUCCAGUAAUCCACAACUACAAUAGUCUUGAUGUUUUACUUUCGGAUCACCAACCUGUCUACUUGAACAUUACAGUUCCGUUCCAUCCUCCAGAACCUAUAGUAAACGCAUCCGGAUUUCUUCAAAUUCUACCCAGUGACAGAGAAUCUGAAAGUUCGCUCAGCGGACCAACUCUGGUUUAUAUGCGACCCACUGCAUUGGAUCGGCUUAUUCAACGACUUGUUCGUCCUACUGUCGAUACCACAAUUGCUGCAACUUUGGCUGGAACUACACAACCGCGGGGCCGUUUGGCGGUGCUUGGAAUACUUUUGGUGAUGUUUGGCUUGUACUUGAUGAAGCGAGGCUAA